UCUCACCUCCACAGUGCACGUAAACAGAGAGCCGUCCAGCAGGGUGACUUUGGCCUGCAUAGUUCUGAAGUUCAGAGCGUUCCUGACCGGGGAGGGAGCGACACGACUGCCCGGGGACAGCUCCCUUGUUACCUGAAUGGGUGUGGAAUGGGCGGCGGCUUCAGGGAGAGACUCCGCCUCCUGCGGCUCGCUCUGCUCUGUCGUCAUGGCGAUGAGUUGACCUUAAAGUAGAAUUUGGACUGAACUGGCUGUCGAUCCUUUGACCCGGCCAGCUGUCAUGUGAGGGUUGCCGUGGUAACAGUAGAGCCAGAGAGAGAGAGAUUAUGGAUGGCAGAGACGGUGAAGUACGUAGACGACGAGCACAAGAACAUUUUCCUCAAGUUGCUGAACGAGCAGCGGCUAGAAGGCGACCACUGCGACAUCGCCGUGGUGGUCGAAGACGUCAAGUUCCGCGCUCACCGCUGCGUCCUGGCGGCGUGCUCCAACUACUUCAAGAAACUCUUCAAGAAACACGAGGUGGAUAACUCGUCUGUGAUCGAGAUCGACUUUAUCCGCUCUGACAUCUUUGAAGAGGUGUUGAACUACAUGUACACAGCCAAGAUCUCCAUUAAGAAGAGAGACAUCAACCUGAUGAUGUCAUCGGGACAAAUCCUCGGCAUCCGUUUCCUGGACAAGCUCUGCUCGCAGAAACGGGACAUGUCGUCUGAGGAUAAAGACAAGUUUCCUUUCGACAUUGUAAAGAUGGCGCUGCCCCCUGAGGCGCAACUAGCUGCUGAAGCAGAGGUGCUCGGGGAGCACGAGGACCCGCAUGCCACGGAUGACCUCGUUGGGGCCGCGGCCAAUCAGGACCUAGAUAAGUCUCCCAAUGCGGCGCUUCGUGUUCAGGAGGCCAUUUUGAAAGAGCUGGUCAACGAGGAUGUACACAAGGUGUCCUGCUAUGACCAAGACGUGGGGACGGAGAUGGAGACGGAGCCAAAAGAACUGGGAGCAGAACACCACGCCACCCAGACGCUAACGUUUGCCGACAGCAUGGGCGAGGUCAAAGACGAGCAGCCGCCCGGUUGGGCCACAGCGACGGCGGACAUGAAGUUUGAGUAUCUCCUCUACGGGCACCGAGAGCAGCUGGCGUGUCACGUGUGCGCCAAGACCUUCUUGGACGAGUCCAGACUCAGGAAACACGAGAAGCUCCAUUCGGCCGAUCGUCCUUUUGCGUGUGAGAUCUGCUCUAAAGCCUUCACUACCCACGCUCACCUGAAAGAACACCUGAAGAUACACACGGGCUUCAAGCCCUACAGAUGUGAUGUUUGUGGGAAGUCCUUCAUCCGAGCGCCAGACCUGAAAAAGCACGAGCGAGUCCACAGCAACGAGCGGCCGUUUGCCUGCCAGAUGUGUGAAAAGGCUUUUAAACACAAGUCUCACCUAAAAGACCACGAGAGGAGACACAGGGGGGAAAAACCGUUCGUCUGUACGUCCUGCACAAAAGCCUUCGCCAAGGCGUCCGAUCUAAAGCGCCACGAAAACAACAUGCACAGCGAGAGGAAACUCCUCCAGAGCGACACAGACGCCCUGCAGGCGGCCGCCAUGGCUGCCGAGGAGUCACAAAUGGACAAUAUGAGCUGCUCCUAACACCUGGACUGGACUCUCUAGUUGUUGUUGUUUUUUUUAAAUGGCUGUCAAAACGUGCAAAGAAGUGCCAUGUUUUUUCAGUCCAAACCAAACUUUGUACAUAGUUGGCUCGAUUCUACUUGAAAUAAAACACAUCUGUUCAGUUUAAUGAGCAGAAAUGUACAAUAAU